UCGAGCUUCUCUUCCGGUGUCAGAGUUCACCGUCGCGGCUGAAGAUGGCGGCGCCCGACGAGUUGUUUUGCUGGGAAGGAGCCUGGGGUCUCCCGUCCGUCAGCACCGACUGUCUGGUGGUUCUGGCCUACGCUCAGUUUGCAGGAGCUCCUCUCAAACUGAGGAAGAUCUCGAAUCCCUGGAGGAGUCCCAGCGGAUCACUUCCUGCCCUGAGGACCAAUCAGACAGAGACUCUGUCCAGGCCCUCUGACAUCAUCAUCCACCUAAGAAAACAGAAAUAUAACGCUGACUAUGAUUUGUCGGCGAAGGAGGGAGCAGACAGCCUGGCCUUCAUCUCUCUGCUGGAGGAGAAGCUCAAACCUGCUCUGAUCUACACCUUCUGGGUGGAGCCCAAGAACUACGUGGACGUGACUCGCCGCUGGUACGCGGAGCACCUGCCCUUCCCGCUGAACUUCUUCCUGCCCGGGCGCAUGCAGCGCCGCCGGCUGGAGACGCUGCAGCUGCUGCGAGGAGACCAGAGCCUGGAGGCCGGGGACGAGCUGGAGAAGGAGUUGUACCGUGACGCUGCAGAGUGUAUGAACCUGCUGUCCCAACGCCUCGGCUCACACAAGUUCUUCUUCGGAGACUCGCCUUCCUCUCUGGAUGCCUACGUCUUCGGUCACUUGGCUCCCAUCCUGAAGUCCAAACUGCCCAACGGGAAACUUCAGCAGCAUCUCAAGUCUCUGGACAACCUGAGCAACUUCUGCAGCAACAUCCUGCUGCUCUACUUCCCCCGAGACGGCCGAGAGAGCGGCGGUCCGAAGACGUCCUCGCCGCCGCAGCCCGACGCCGGAGACUUUGACCACGUCCCCAACAAGCGCAGGAAACAGCUGCUGUCGGCGCUGGCCGCGCUGGCCGCCAUGCUGGGCUACGCCCUGCUGACCGGCAUCGUGUCCAUCCAACACGUCCAGCGGGACGCCCUGGAGGAGCCGCCCGACCACCACGCCCUCGGAAACCAUGACGACGAGGACGAGGACGGGGACGGCUGAUGGCUGACGCCACGCGGCGUCCAAACCCAAACAGAUGCAUCAUGGGACUUUAUGAGUGGAAAGAAAGAUGUUUAAGGAAAUAAAGAGUUGUCUGGUAUAGAGCUGAAUAUUAGUACGACUGUUGGUGCUUUCACACAAUAUUAAUAUUAUUAAUUAAUAUUAUUAAUUAAUAUUAAUACAACCAGAUGUAAUAAUCACCAAUAAUGUGAUAUAAUGACUAAUAG